AUUGCUGACUAUGACGCAGUGCCGCCACAUUCGAACCCUGAAGGAUUUCGUUGAGACAAGGCAUUGUUAGUGCUUCACUGGACAAACAUUCCCGGGGUUCGAAAUUGUCGGCAAAAUGAGCACGGUUGUUUUGUACUCAUAUUUUCGUAGUUCAUGUUCGUGGAGAGUACGUAUAGCUCUUGAGUUAAAAGAAAUUGAUUAUGAAUAUAAAGCUGUGCACUUGGUGAAGGGAGGUGGACAACAGAAUGCUGAUGACUAUAAAGUCCUAAAUCCGAUGGCACAAGUUCCUUCGCUGACUAUUGGUGAGAAAGUUUUCACACAGUCGAUUGCAAUUAUGGAAUACUUAGAAGAAUCAUACCCUUCUAAACCAUUGUUGCCACAAGACACUUUCCAGCGUUUCAAAGUGAGGGAGAUAUGUGAAAUUAUUGGUUCUGGAAUUCAGCCCUUACAGAAUUUGGCUGUGCUUAAACAGUUUGAAGAAUCAAAACAAAAAGAUUGGGCUUCAAAAUGGAUUGUAAAAGGUCUUAUAGCUUUAGAAAAAGUACUAGAAGGUACCAGUGGAAAGUACUGUGUUGGAGAUGACAUCACGCUUGCUGAUUGUUGUCUCGUUCCGCAGUUGUACAACGCUAGAAGAUUCGAAGUGAACGUAGAACAGUUUCCCAAUGUUGUUCGGGUGGAAAAAAACCUUGAAAUUCUCGAACCUUUUAUCAAGGCCCAUCCCAACCGGCAACCUGAUUGUCCGCCUGAACUUGCAGCGUGAAUUGGACGAGUAUGCUAGUUACUCUUUGUAGUCGGGAUCGUGUUUAAUUCCAUAGCAUUAUUAUUAUGAUAUUAAAAUCGAUUUAAAAUUUUAUUGUAUUGUUGGAAAUGAAAUACUGAUAUUACUUGAAUGAAAACUAAUUGAUAUUGACUCAGAAUCCUUAUUCAUUAUUUAUUUCUAAUACAAACUUACAAUGGAAGUGCAAGAGUUCAAUUUCAGGAAAGGAACGCUGAAUAGGCAAUACGCAAACGGAACAAGGCCGCAAUCCUGCAACCCGCAAAGCGUCUGGGUCGGGGGGAGUCGGGGCUCGGGGCUCGGGGAGUGGGAGAUCGCAGAUCGGUUGCUGAGAACUUCGUUUUGCAUUAGUUGAAAUGACAACCUGGGUUUGUUCGUCGUCUGUUCGCACCAUUCGUUAAACCUUAAGCUAAGUCAAACUAAGCAUCAGUUGCGUUCCAAUCGAAUUUUUACCUGUCGGCUAUCGCUUGUCGACAUAUUUUAAUUCCUUUCUUAAGUACCUACCUAAUAAGCUAUUCCAAAAUGGACUCAGGUGGAUUCGGCAAAGCUCAAAAACCGCCAAAAGUGGCAAAGGUU